UGGUCCAAGCAGUAUGGGGUAGUGUUUAGUGUACGACUUGGCCCUCAGCUCUUCGUAGUUCUGAAUGAUUUACGCAGCAUCAAGAAGGCCUUGCAUGAGCAAGCUGAUGUCUUCUCCGACAGACUGGUUGUAGAUUUUGCGAAACUACUGGGAGUGGAAGGCAGUGUCGUUUUUGAAAAUGGCACUGUUUGGAAGGAGCGUCGUCGGUUUGGUCUCGGGGCUCUGAGAAGCUUUGGUAUGGGCAAGAAAAGCAUCGAGCAUUCCAUCAACGAGGAAUCACGGUACCUCCUCGACGGCUUUGCUGACAAACAAGGAAAACCAUUCGAUGCCACACACCUCAUCAACAAUGCCGUCUCCAACAUCAUUUGUAAAAUUUGCUUCGGUUACAGGUUUGACUACUCCGACCCCAAGUUCGCUGAGCUUAUUGCUAUUCUCGGAGAGCAAUUGUCCGAUAGCUCGUCGCUGUUUGCUAACUUUAAGUCGGCUGCGUCUAAAGCUCGGACAAAACGAAAUGCCGAUUUCAUAAUUGAUUUUGUCCGUAAAAUAGUCCAGGACCACCAUCAAUCAUAUGAUGAAAAUGACAUCCGGGAUAUUAUUGACAUGGGAAUAGCCGAGGUCAAGCAGUCAAAGAGCAAGGAAAAACAUGGUGGUCGAAAUGAGAAGGAGAUCUUCAACGACGGUGCACUUAUUCGAAGUGUUAUAUUUUUAUUCAUCGCUGGUACCGAUACAACGACCCAAACUCUGCUUUGGACUUUGAUGUACAUGGCUCUACAUCCUGAUGUGCAAAAGAAGGUCCAGUCUGAAAUUGAUGAGGUCAUUGGAGGGAGUCGUCAACCACUAAUGACCGACAGUCCUAACAUGCCGUACACUAAUGCCGUUAUAAUGGAGAUGCAACGCAUGCGUCCUGUGGCACCUUUAGCUAUUCCCCGCAAAACUAGGGACGACACGACGCUGGACGGGUACACAAUUCCGUCAAACACGUGCGUGUUUGUCAACAUCUGGGCAGUACACCAUGAUCCUGCGACGUGGACAGAGCCAGAGAAAUACAACCCAGCCCGGUUCCUCUCUGCUGAUGGCAAGAGUGUCAUUCAACAUGGGUCACUCAUUACAUUUGGAACAGGUCGCCGUGCCUGCAUGGGAGAAAAUCUCGCUAAAUCCGAGCUCUUUAUUUUCUUUGUCAACAUCCUUCAACGAUUCACUGUUACCUUUCCAGAGGGUAAAGCGACCCCGUCACAGGAUGGAUCGGCUGGUGCUAUACUUGGCCCGAGACCAUACGAACUGUGUGGCACCAUCAGACGUACAUAAAUGUUUCAGAUUUGGAUCUGCGCUCUGUCAAUCAAGCCUCGAGCAGUCUGCUUAUUGCCGUGUAGAAUUUAUAUUUGUUAAUAUAUUUUUUUCUGUUUUCAUGAAGUUUUUUAAGUUGAUAUAAAGGUUUUCUUCGGCAAAUGAGCAGUCAAAUUCAUUUUCACGCGCUCGAAUUAAAGCUUUUUUGUCUCUCCAGCUGUAACUGCGUUUCAAAUUCAGAAUUCGGCCAUUCAAUUUCGGUUUGAGUCGAGUCACACACCUCAAAAAGCGUCUGCGAAUUUGAAUGCUGCUUGGAUGGAUUGGUAAAUCGAAUGAUUAUUUUGUUAAAUCGAAUGACGCAACAUUACAUUCGACUAAUCAUGAAACGAAAGCGAAUGACCCUUUUCUGUGGCAUUCGAUUUCGUGCGAAAUAGAAUUGUUUGGUGGUUAAAUUGGCUGCUCAUUUGCCGAAAUUGACGGAGAAAACUCUAUGUAGCACCGAGAAUGAUCAAUCUUUCAGAGACCGUUGCAUGGACUUAAGUAACAUUUUACCUCUUGUUGAGGUAAAAGACCACUCAGACUAUUUUUCUCAAACUAAACUCAUAUUCACAUUGGAUUGUGUUGUUUAAAUUAGUGUUUUAUUUUGUUUAACCCCUGUGUCAUGGUUUAAAAAUAUGCUCUUUUGGUAUACGUUUUAUAUUUGGCUUUAGAGGGUUUUUAAAUCCAUUCGUGUUGGGAUUAAGGGUUAUUUAUUGUUGUCACUGCCUUCUGUUUUUAUUGUGUUUAUGGGUGUUGAUUUUGCAAGGUUCUCGAUUGUUGGUGUUUUAAUGUUUUCUGUUAUGUGAUUUUUAUAGUGUUUGAAUUCAAUGUCCUUUUAAUAAACAUAUUGGCCUACUUAUAUUUUUAUCAUUGGUGGGGGUCUGGUUUUACACAUCUGAGAUGACAGUUUAUACU